UUUAAUUUGUAUAAAAAAGCAUACAGUUUCGUAAUGUGCAGGUGUUGAUAAAAUUGCCUCGUUUGAUGACUUUGUGGCACUAUCAGACAAAUGUGACGAACUGACGGCACGUGUUAUCAGUCGUGAUAUAUCAGAAGGUGUCGUAGCGCCAGCGUUUGAUGAGACAGCAAUGCACAUUCUUGCUAAAAAACGCAACGGGAAUUUUACUGUUCUUAAGAUUGAUCCUGAAAUGUUGCCAUCAAAGUCAGAAGAGCGAACAAUAUUUGGCUUGCGACUGCGACAUAAAGAAACCGAAGCAAGCAUUGAUGAAGGCGCAUUUGACAACAUUGUUUCCGCGUCAAAGCACACGUUGCAGUUGCCAAAAGAGGUGAGAAACGAUUUGGCUGUAGCGUUUGCAGCCGUUAAAUUCAUGCAAGCGAACAGUGUCUGUUUAGCUUACCGUGGACAGGUAAUCUAUAAAUUCUGAAA